UUCCAGAAAUUUAUAGAAACUUCUGUUAUUCUGUGUUUGCAUGCUUGUUUAGCCUUCUACAUACCGAAUGAACUGCAUGACCCGCAGAUAAUCGUGUGCGAUGACAUCAGUGAGUUAUAACUGGCAUUCUGGCUUGCUCGACCAUACGAUCGAGUAUUGAAUAAGUACUAGUAUUUCUUGGCAAAGCAGUUUCAGUAUUUUCAUCUCCAUCAGUCUGCUGUCUCCUGAAAGUGAGGCUUUCCUCCGUUUGAAUAGUUCGUCGUACACACGUAAUAUUUCAACAUCCGCGAAUACUUGAUAAUUAUGGCUGACCAGAGACGUGGUCGUGAAGGAAAUCAGCGUGGUGGGUAUAACAACCGCGGUGGACGUGGUCGAGGAAGUAAUUAUGGACCACCUAUCCCGUCCACUGCCCGCAACCCAGCGCCAGCCCCGUCUCGUUCUGCCCGUCCACCUGGUCCCAAUGUGAACAUUCCGGCGAGCCAUCCCGCUCCUCGCAUUAUUUCUUCCCAGCAAGGAACAGGACCACUGCCCAACGCAUCCGGUGGGGCCAGCUUUUGGAAUCGAGGCCCUGCUCCAGCGGCCGCCACUGCUCCCUCAGCUUGGUCCUCUCAAUCCUCGAUUCGGUCGGUUGCUCCAUCCAGCGUGACCAGUCCGAGUGCGGCCGCACCUUCACCGGCAGUAAACAUGGAGGCACUGAAUCUGGGAGAGGCCAGUACAUCCGGACAAGCGACAAACAGGUCCAGCGCUGUUGCGACGUCAAGUGCAGGAACUGGCGCUUCGACAGAUUCAUUGAAAACUGAUGACAAUUUACGAAAACCAAUGCGUCGACCACUGUCUGGCGGCUUUGCUACGAGCAAGCCUGGUUCACGCAAGAUCAUGCUAAAGGUCAACCAUUAUCCGCUCUACAUUACGGAUAAGAAAGGUAUGCUCCACUGCUAUGCGCUGGGUAUGUCGGCACGAUGUGGUGAACGGACGGUGCGCACUCCACUGCCAGCCGCCAUGAAGCGUCAUAUUAUGAAAGAAUUUCGCCGGCUCAAUCCACGAAUGGUUCUCGGGCAAGGACGCGGCGGAGAGAUUGCGUAUAAUAAAGCGGAUGAAAUCUUCGCCGGGUUUCUGCUGGCCAAUGUGACGGAGGGAGCCGUAGAAUCGUUCACGUUCGAUACGACCAUGCCGGAUGAUCAACGCACGUACACGUGUACGGUGGAGUUGCAGAAGAGAUGGAGCGAACGAAUGAGCAAUGUUAUCGGCGCGUUUCAAAGUGGAAAUCUGGGUACGACACCCGCGGAGGAUUAUAUACGGCCUGUGGAUACUAUUCUAAGGCAGGCCAUGCUGGUGGACACUCUGCUAACGGUGGAGAUUGGGCGCAGCUUGUACAUUCCAGAACAGACCUUUCAGCUGCGCGAUGGAAGGGUGGCCAUUUCCAAAUUAUUCGCGAGCGUGCGCCCAUCUGCUGCCAUGCAUGGCCUUGCCGCUGUUUUACUGACAUCCGGCUCAGCGUUCUAUAAAGAACAGCCUCUUCUGCAGUUCUGUAAAGAUUUGGGAGGAAAAUUGUCCUAUGGAUCGGAUUUCCGUCUCCCGGUUAGGUUCGCGCGGGAGAUUAGCGAGAAAGAACUGCAGGGACUCAAGGUGGAAGUGCCAACGCGUGAUUCCCGUACCCGACAAGAGUACCAGAAAACGUACACUAUCCGACGGAUCCGCGAUGAAGGCGCUGCGGCCCCUGCAUUAGCAUUUAAUCACAAUGGGGAACAUUUCACAGUUGCGGACUAUUACACUCGCGUUCUUCACAGACGUAUUCAGUUUCCUAGUCUACAAGUUGUUGAGAUGACGAACGGUGCCUUCAUCCCGAUGGAAUACUGCGUGGUAAAGAAAAACCAGCAGCUCCUGGAUCGAGUCGCUUCGUUGGUGGCGGAGGAAAUGGUCAAGAGAUUUUCCAAAGCCGCUCCCCUACGUAUGCAAGAUGUCCAGACACUGCGAAUGCAGCUAAUUAAUGACACCAACCCAGUUUUGAACAGCUUCUCCUUGGGAAUUGGUGGAGAAAUGCUGGAGGUUGAAGGACAUGUCCUCCGGCCGCCCACCGUGAGUCAGCGUAAUCGCUCACGACCUAUUGAAGAUGGAAGCUGGCGAGCGGAUGGGGAUCCAGUUGAAAGCCCUGUGCAUCUUGACAAGUGGACGUUAUGUUACAUUGACUGCUAUGAGGUCCAGAAUUUUGUUUCGGAUUUACAGCAGAUCGGUGGCCGAAUGGGGAUCCGAAUCAAUACACCACAAGAUGUCAGCCAUAUUCCCGGACAGGAAAUAGAAGGCUUUAUCAAUUGGCUACGUCCUCAAAAUGUUCAGCUGGUGAUUUUCAUUGAGAACUGCAAGAAAAAGGCAUCACCGUGGCAUUCGAUUAUUAAACGCUGCUGUGAAAGUGGAUCGCAGACCGGGAUUAAGUCUCAGUUCAUCGUCAGAAUGGUAGCCGAAAGGACUCCAAAUUUGGCAAAUGUUCUGCGGAAAAUUAACGUAAAACUCGGAGGUCUGAAUUUCAAGUUCAGUCGCCCUGUAUUUCUGAAAGGAGUUAAGACGAUGAUCAUUGGUGCGGACGUUACCCAUCCAAAAGGCGCUGGUCUUCGUAAACGUCCAUCGGUUGCUGCUGUGGUGGCCAAUACGGAUGAGGAUUUUGUGCGUUACAAAGCGGUUUUGGAACCUCAAAUCGGCGAACGCGGACGAUUGCAGGAAAUAAUUCCAAAUUUUGGCGCUGUUAUGAAGAAACUGUUUGAAAAAUACGGAGAUAUUCCACCUCAGCGAAUUAUCUACUUCCGUGACGGUAUCAGUGAAGGGCAGUAUAGUCAGGCUUUAACAACGGAAAUGAUUGGAUUAGUGGAUGCGUGCCAACGAAUAUACAAAAUAGUUCCGCCCAUCACUAUGAUCAUUGUGACAAAACGGCAUCAGACACGUUUAUCCUGUGCGGAUAAAAAAGACGAACGGGGAGCCGGACAGAAUGUUCCCGCCGGCACGGUUGCUGAUAAGGGCAUCUGUUCGGAUUUGACAUUCGAUUGGUAUCAGGCGACUCAUCACGGAAUUCAGGGAACGUCGCGACCGGCUCAUUACGUUGUUAUGGUUGACGAGAGCAAUUUCACGGCUGAUCAGCUGCAGGAACUGGCGUUUGCGUUGGCCCAUGGUUAUCAGCGAGCCACGCGCAGUGUCUCACUGCCGGCACCGGUCUACUAUGCGCAUCUGGCCGCUGAAAGAGCUAAGCAAAUUUUGGGACAGGAAGAAUAUCCGCCUUUGGCUUCGGAUAAUCCGGAAACCGUUAGCGUCGCUCUGCAGCGAAUCCGCGAAACGCUGAAGAUUAAUACCGACGGGAUGUACUGGCUGUAAUGUUACGUGGGAUUUGUUUGGCUUUCGGACUUAUUACGUAUUUUGCGCUUGUGUUUGCAUGUCGUUGGGACCGUACUGGUUUUAUGAAAUGUUUUAGCAUUUCAUAAUAUACGCUUAUUUUAUUCUAAACGCAUUAAGUAGUGACCAAUCCCAAGUUCAUAAUCAAAUUUUGUCAUCACUUAUGUUUGUUUUUGUUUAGCUUACAAAUCUAUUCUUUACGUACUCGUAAAACUUUUGUGCUACUUACUAUUUUUGCACUUUAUGAUAGAUAGGAAUUUCUGUUAAGCAGUGCCAUUUUCGAUUAUUGCAUUUUAUGGUGCUUUUGAUUUACUGCGAAUAAAACACUAGGAUUUUUUACGCUCUGUGGGAAAAUUGUGUAGUUUCGUUACGAUACAUGUAAUUCUAUUCGAAACCCCAAAUAAAAUGGCUUUC